AUGGCUACAGAUUGGAAUCCAGAUGCUCAAUAUUCAAAUCUAAAUAGGGCAUCUGCAGCCAUUCUCGAUUUUGCGCCGCCAUCUGCACUUUCAAUCUCACUCUCCUCAUGCCCAACGCAAUCAUUCGCUAGCAGCUGCAGCUUGUCUAUACUGCCAUCGCUCACUGGCUCACUUGCGUAUCUAGCCAGCUCAACCGAUUUGCCCCGCCAGAAACCAACGCUGCACUCACUUGUCCACAACUUCAACAUUUCUGCCCUCCCAAAGGUACCGACCAGCACACACAACCAUUACCUUCUCUACGGCCAGCUACACCUCCCAUCCUCACGCUUACAUUCCCUCUAUACACGCAGACUCAGCCCCCACUCGCAGCUCCUCGUAUCCAGCAUAUCCCAUCCCCGCCCGCCAACCCGCGACGAGCCAAGUGAAAUGUACAUCACCUACCAAAAGGACAAAGGGGAGUAUGCCAGUGAAUUGGCCUAUUCAGUGGCUGACGGGAUGGCAUCCGCGUCUUCUCUCUUUCACUUUGGUCUGAUUGAUAAGGGUGUCGAAAGCUCCCACUCCCCAUCCACCCCACACACAGCACGCAUAGACGAAGAACCUGACGACGAUGGUUCCGGUGGUCUCAAAGGACAUUUCAGUCUCGGCGGUGAAAUCUACGCAUCCGCACUCGAAAAGUCAGCAGGUGUAUCAACAGGUCUCCGCUUCCAGACACUCCCCGACACUCACUCUCCGCCGACCGUCCUCGUUGCACUCCUCAGCCCCAUCACCGGAUACCUCAGCGGGACAUACGCGGCGACCGUGGCGCGUGGUCUGUCACUGGCAUCGCGGUUUGAGUUCAAUCUAUUUUCGUACGAGAGCGUCACCACGCUUGGCGCUGAGUGGGCCAUCCACCGCAGCGAAGAGGGCGAGAGGGAGCAGGAGAGGAAUGACGAUGACACUUAUUGGGAUGAGAACUCGCAGGAACUCAAACUCAAACCUAAUGCAGUUAACUCUAUCCCUCUGUCGGCUUCUACAGCCAUAGACGAGAAAGACCCCAUUCAGGGCUACGUGAAAGCUAGAAUCACGACAGAGAAGUCAGUAGCACUUCAAUACGCAGGGAGACUCAAGUCCCUCCUCAUUUCCCUCGGUCUCGUCGCCGACCUCAGCAACCCUCACAAACCCGUUCAGAGCAUUGGAUUAGAGCUGCAGUAUCUCUCUCCCGGUAACGAGCCGGAGUAG